AUGGCGAGGGAGAGAGGAGAGGCGGGGAACGAGUCCGGCGAGUCAUCUCGUCGGGAGGAGGAGCUUAACCCGGUGGAGGAGGUGCAGCGAAUAAUCGAAUCGAUGGUUCAGUUCGGGGAGUACCGAAAGACGCAGCGGAGGGAGUGCCAGAACCUCGUGCGCCGUUUCAAGCUCAUGUUGCCGCUCUUGGAAGAGCUUCGCGACCUCCCACAACCCUUUCCUCAAAGCGGCGUCGCUUGGUUAACCAAAUUCAAGGAAGCACUUUUGUUCGCUAAGGAUUUGUUGCAAUUGUGCAGCCAAGGAAGCAAGAUUCACCUCUCUAUGGAGAACGAGAUUGUAAUGGGCACGUUUCAGAAAGUGUAUGAAAAAUUAAGCCAAGCGUUUGAUGGUGUGCCUUGUGAGGAAAUGGGUAUUUCGGAUGAAGUCAAAGAGCAGCUUGAGCUAAUGCACGUGCAACUCAGAAGAGCCAGGAGAAGAACUGAUACACAGGACAUAGAACUUGCAAUGGAUAUGAUGGUAGUGUUCUCUGACGAGGAUGACAGAAAUGCUGAUAGUGCUAUAAUCGAGAGGCUGGCAAAAAAGUUGGAGCUCUAUAGUGUUGAGGAUCUUAACAUGGAAACAGUGGCCAUUAGGAACCUUGCAGCAGAAAGAAAUGGGCAACAGAUUGAGAGUACUAAGCGAAUAAUUGAUCUUCUUAACAAAUUUAAACACGUUGCAGGCAUGGAAGAAACCAGUGUCCUUGAUGAUCCUGUCGCACCCAAGACGCUAGAUAGGUGCACCUCUAUGGUCAUCCCUCACGAGUUUCUCUGCCCAAUAACACUAGAAAUCAUGACAGAUCCUGUUAUUAUAGCAAGUGGACAGUCAUAUGAAAGGGAAAGCAUAGAGAAGUGGUUCCAAUCCAACCACAACACAUGCCCAAAGACUAGGCAAUGUUUGGAACACACGUCAUUGGCACCAAACUGCGCAUUGAAAAGCUUGAUUGAAGAAUGGUGUGAGAACAACAACUUCGAGCUUCCUAAAAAUUACAAUUCAGCUCAAGAAAGUUGUUCCGCAGUCAGCAAAGAGAAAAUUCCAGGUUUGGUUCAGAGUCUAUCCUCCAUUCAUUUAGAAGAACAGAGAAAGUCAGUGGAGACGAUACGUAUGAUAUCAAAAGAAAACGCUGAGAAUAGGGUUCUGGUUGCUGAACAUGGAGGAAUACCACCACUAGUGCAACUCCUGUCGUAUCCAGAUUCGAAAAUACAAGAGAAUGCUGUGACAGCACUUCUAAACUUAUCACUUGAUGACGGUAACAAGAUAAUUAUAGCCAAAGAAGGUGCCAUUCCAGCAAUCAUAGAUGUUUUGGAGAAUGGUAGUUGUGUGGCUAAGGAAAACUCUGCAGCAACUUUAUUUAGCUUGUCAAUGCUUGAUGACAUUACAGAGCUUAUUGGUCAAUUAAAUGGGUUUCCCCCUUUGGUGAAAUUAUUGAAGAAUGGAACAAUCAGAGGGAAGAAAGAUGCUCUCACAGCUCUUUUUAACUUAACUCUCAACCAUGCAAACAAAGGCAGGGCCAUUAGGGCUGGCGUUGUGACACCCUUACUUCUCUUGCUCAAGGACACAAACUUAGACCUGAUUGAUGAGGCUCUCUCCAUUUUAUUACUCCUUGUAUCAAAUCAAGAAGGACGACAAGAGAUUGGACAACUUACUUUCAUUGAAACCCUUGUUGAGUUCAUGAAAAGAGGGACUCCCAAAAACAAGGAAUGUGCAGCAGCAGUUCUUCUUGAGUUGUGCUUAUAUACCUCAUCCUUUCUACUUGCAGCACUUCAGUUUGGAGUGUAUCAUGACUUAAUAGAAAUCAAACAAAAUGGGACAAGUAGAGGACAGAGGAAAGCAAUGGAAAUCUUAGAUCUCAUAAGCAAGAACGAACAAAUCUGA